AGAAGUCACCCAAGCCCGACGGCGGAAAGUCGAGGGAAGGAGCAGAGGCCCCGCGGGGGUGACUGUGCCACUGGCGGCGAGUCCCCGGUAAAAGCCCAGGCCAGGCCUCUGCGUUUAUGGGCAGAACGCGACGGUUGGCUCGAGCCCCGCACUGCGUGGAAUUCUGAGUGCUUCGGUUAUAAUUGACCCCGCAACGCUCGAGGACGUUCGGGGGCGAGAAGUGGAUGGUUGAUGGUCGCGGUUUUCGGAGCGGGUCCAAUGGCUCACUGAAGUUGCAGCGAUGUCGUCCUGGUUAGGAGGCCUGGGCUCCGGCUUGGGCCAGUCCUUGGGUCAGGUGGGGGGCAGCUUGGCUUCUCUCACCGACCAGAUCUCCAGCUUCACCAGGGACAUGCUUCUGGAUGAUUUAGAAAACGCAGAAGCAGGUUUACCUAAUUGUCAGAGAAAGGAAGUUGAAGGUACUGAAUCUACACUAAGAUCCGAGAAUGAAAGACUUAAAAAGUAUUGUACUGAUCUGGAAGAAAAGCAUGAAGCAUCAGAGCUUCAAAUAAAGCAUCAGUCUGCAAGUUACCGAAAUCAACUGCAGCAGAAAGAGGUAGAAAUCAGCCACCUUAAAGCAAGACAGAUUGCACUACAAGAUCAAUUGUUGAAACUACAGUCAGCUGCUCAAUCGGUACAGUCAGGAGCUGGUGGUAUACCAACAACCACUGCACCGUCUUCAUUUGUUUACGGAAUGAGUAGUCAUUUUUCAGCCUUUCGUGAUGAUGACAUGGACUUUAGUGACAUAAUUUCAUCACAACAAGAAAUAAACAGAUUGUCAAUUGAAGUUUCAAGACUUGAAUCUGAAGUUGGCCAUUGGAGGCAUAUUGCUGAGGUAGGUAAAAUGUGGGGAACACAUAAUUCUGAUCAAAAUGAAAUCUGCAAACUACACAAUACUAUCAAGGUACUUGAACAAAACCGAAGUCGAGACAUAGAUGAACAUCAACAUGAAAUGUCAGUUUUGCAGAAUGCACAUCAACAGAAACUGGCAGAGAUAAGUCGCCGGCAUCGAGAAGAGUUACGUGACUAUGAAGAACGAAUUGAAGAACUUGAAAAUCAGUUACAACAAGGUGACUCAGGAGUUAUAGUAACUGAUGAGCCUAAAAUCUGUGAGAUGCAGAAGACUAUUCAGGUUCUACAAACUGAAAAAGUAGAAUCUAAAAGAAAGAUUGAAGAACUUGAGGAAAAAAUCAAAGACAUAAAUAAAAAAUUAUCUUCUGCAGAAAAUGACAGAGAUACCUUGAAAAGAGAACAGGAACAACUCAGUGUGGAAAAGCGACAAAUGAUUGAACAGUGUGAAAACUUGAAACUGGAAUGUAGUAAAUUGCAGCCUUCUGGGAUGGAGCAGAGUGCUACUGUGGCAGAAAAGGGAAAAAUUCUUCCACAGAGUUCAACAGUGGAAGAAGUGCUCAGGCUGCAACAAGCCCUGUCUGAUGCUGAAAAUGAAAUAAUGAGGCUAAAUGGUUUAAACCAGGAUAACAGUCUUGCUGAAGACAAUCUGAAACUUAAAAUGCAUGUUGAAGCUUUAGAAAAAGAGAAGUCAUCACUGAGUCAAGAAAAGGAGGAACUUCAGAUAUCACUGUCAAAAUUGAGCUGUGAAUAUGAAGUAAUUAAAAAUACAGCUUCAACAGACAUGAAUUUGAAUGUACAAUUACAUGACUUAAAACUUAACUUGAAGGCAAAGGAGGAAGAACUGAAUCAGAGUAUCAAUGAAAAGAAAAUGCUGAUAGCUGAGUUAGAAGAACUGGACAAUCAAAACCAGGAAGCUACAAAGCACGUGAUUUUGAUAAAAGAUGAGCUAUCAAAACAACAAAAUGAAGGAGACCUUGUAAUCAAGAAAUUGAAACAAGAUCUAGAUGAUGAAAAAAAGAGAGUUCAUCAACUUGAGGAUGAUAAAAUGAACAUAUCCAAAGAGUUGGAAGUGCAGAACGAAAAGUUAACUCGGAGUGAACAGAGCCUCAGUGAUUUGAACUUAACCAAACAGAAGCUUGAAGAUAAAGUAGAAGAUUUAGUAGAUCAGCUAAAAAAAUCACAAAAAAAUAGUUUAAACAUCCAGCAAGAAAACCUUGAGCUUAAGGAACACAUUAGACAAAUUGAAGACGAGCUGUCUAAAUUCAGAAUUUCUCUGAAUGAAGACUCUAAUUUUAAGGAUGACUUGCUUAAAGAACGGGAAGCUGAAGUUAGCAACUUAAGGCAAAAUCUUUCAGAAGUAGAACAGCUCAAUGAAAAUUUAAAGAAAGUUGCUUUUGAUCUCAAAACGGAAAAUGAAAAGUUGAUCUUAGCAUGUGAAGAGGUAAGACAUAAGUUGGAAGAAUCUAUUGCUGGUAACAAUCAAAUUUCUCAAGAAAAAGACACUAUUAUUGAGACUCUAAAAAGAGACAAAGAACAGAUAGAAGCCCAACUGCACCAGGCAGAAAAAAGACUGUUGGAAGAAGAAAACAAUUACAGGCAGACUAUUCGGGAACUCUCAAAUGCACGUAAUUUGAAUACCUCUGCCUUACAGCUGGAAAAUGAACGUGUAGUUCAACUCAAUCAAGAGAAGGACUUUGAAAUAGCAGGACUCAAAAAGAAUAUUGAGCAAAUGACUGCUGAUCAAAAAGAAACUAAGGAAAUUUUGGCAUCUCAUUUAGAAGAACAGAAGCAAUUGAUACAACUUAUAAAUGAGAAAGAAGUUUUUAUUGAAAAACUCAAAGAAAAAAGUUCAGAACUACAAAAGGAUUUAGAUGAGUGUUCUCAGGCCUUAAGAGAAAACGAAACUUUAAGGCAAACCAUAGAAGAAAAGGACAGAAUUCUUGGAUCCAUGAAAGAAGAGAACAAUCAUUUGCAAGAAGAAUUGGAAAGACUUAGGGAACAGCAGAAUCGAGCUGUACCUGUGGCUGAGCCUAAAACCCUUGAUGGUAUCACAGAACUAGAAUCGGAGGUAUCUCAACUGAAUGUAAUAAAAAAUCAUCUGGAAGAUGAAAUUAAACACCAUCAAAAGAUAAUUGAAGAUCAAAACAAGAGUAAAAUGCAACUACUUCAGUCUAUACAGGAGCAGAAGAAGGAAAUGGAUGAAUUCAGAUACCAAUAUGAGCAGAUGAAUGCUGCGCAUACCCAGUUAUUUUUAGAAAAGGAUGAGGAAAUUAAGAAUUUGCAGAAAACUAUUGAACAAAUAAAAGCCCAGUUGCCUGGAGAAAGAUGCGAUACUCAAACAGAGAAUUCUGAUAUUUUUCAAGAAACAAAAGUUAAAAGCCUUAAUAUAGAAAAUGAAAGUGAAAAACAUGACCUAUCGAAAUCUGAAACUGAAAAGUUAGUGAAAGGAAUCAAAGAACGAGAACUUGAGAUUAAACUUCUAAAUGAAAAGAAUAUAUCUUUAACCAAACAGAUUGAUCAGCUGUCCAAAGAUGAAGUUGGUAAACUCACUCAAAUUAUCCAGCAGAAAGAUGUGGAGAUACAAGCUCUUCAGGCUAAAAUUUCUUCAGUUCACUCCCAGGAUGUUGUUUACCUUCAGCAGCAACUGCAGACCUUCACUGUGGAAAGAGAACAAGUAUUUGCUGUUUUGAAUGAGAAGACAAAAGAAAAUAGUCAGUUGAAAACAGAACAUCACAAAAUGAUGGACAUAGUAGCUGCCAAAGAAGCAGCCCUCAUCCAACUUCAAGAAGAAAAUAAAAAAUUGUCCACCAAAUUUGAAAGUAGCGGUCAAGAUAUGUUUAGAGAAACUCUGCAGAAUUUAUCUCGUAUCAUUAGAGAAAAAGACAUUGAAAUAGAUGCAUUAAGUCAGAAAUGUCAGACUUUAUUGGAAGUUUUACAAACUUCUGGCACUGAUAAUGAAGUUGGAGGUGUUAAUAGUAAUCAGUUUGAGGAGCUCCUACAGGAACGCAAUACAUUAAAACAGCAAGUUAAAAAAAUGGAAGAAUGGAAACAACAGGUAAUGACAACAGUCCAAAAUAUGCAUCAUGAGUCAGCCCAACUUCAAGAGGAACUUCUACAACUUCAAGCCCAAGUUUUGGUUGACAGUGAUAAUAGUUCUAAAUUAGAAGUAGACUACACUGGUCUCAUCCAAAGUUAUGAGCUGAAUGAAACCAAACUCAAAAAUUUUGGGCAGGAAUUAGCCCAAGUUCAACAUUGCAUAGGGCAGCUUUGUAAUACCAAAGACCUUCUUUUAGGAAAACUUGAUAUUAUUUCACCCCAGCUCUUGUCUGCUUCAUCACUUACCUCCCAGUCAGCAGAGGUAGAAGAACUGAGAAAAUCACUGCAAGAAAAAGACGCCACAAUCAAGACACUACAGGAAAAUAACCACAGGUUGUCUGAUUCAAUUGCUGCUUCUUCAGGGAUUGAAAAGAAAGAACAUGAACAAACAGAUUCAGAAAUUAAACAGCUAAAAGAAAAGCAAGACAUUUUGCAAAAUUUACUUAAAGAAAAAGACCUCUUAAUCAAAGCCAAAAGUGAUCAGUUACUUUCUUCAAAUGAAGAUUUUACUAACAAGGUGAAUGAAAAUGAAUUAUUGAGGCAAGCCGUAACAAACCUAAAGGAGAGAAUGUUAAUUUUAGAAAUGGACAUUUCUAAACUAAAAGGGGAAAAUGAAAAAAUAAUAGAAACAUCCAAAGAAAAGGAAACGGAGUAUCAAGCAUUACAAGAGACAAACUUGAAGUUCUCUGUGAUGCUGCGAGAAAAAGAGUUUGAAUGUCAGUCGAUGAAGGAGAAAGCUCUUGCCUUUGAGCAAUUGUUACAAGAAAAAGAGCAGGGAAAAGCUGGGGAGUUAAAUCAGCUUUUAAAUGCAGUUGAAUCAAUGCAGGAGAAGACAAUUAUGUUUCAGCAAGAACGAGACCAAGUCAUCGUAGCCUUAAAGCAGAAACAGAUGGAAAACAGUACCCUACAGCAUGAGGUUCAACACUUACGUGACAAAGAACUACGCUUAAACCAGGAGCUAGAAAGGCUACGCAGCCAUCUUUUAGAAUCAGAAGAUUCUUACACCCGGGAAAUUGUGGCUGCAGAAAACAAAGAGAUUCAACUGAGAAAGAAAGUCACACUAUUGGAGGAAAAGCUAGUUUCAUCUUCUAACGCAAGUCAUCAAGCCAGUGUGCAGAUAGAGUCGCUGCAGGAGCAGUUGAGUAUGGUGUCUAAGCAGAGGGAUGAGAACGCACUGCAGUUUUCGCUCUCCCAGGAACAAGUAAAACAGUAUGCCCUGUCAUUAACCAAUCUGCAAAUGGUUCUAGAGCAUUUCCAACAAGAAGAAAAAGCUAUGUAUUCUGCCGAAUUAGAAAAAGCAAAACAGUCUAUAGCUGAAUGGAAGGAAAAGGCAGAAAAAUUAGAAGGAGAAGUAUUGUCAUUACAGGAACGUUUGGAUGAAGCAAAUGCUGUGUUGGAUUCUGCUUCCAGACUUACGGAACAGUUAGAUCUAAAGGAAGAACAGAUUGAAGAACUUAAAAAACAAAAUGAGCUCCGAAAAGAAAUGUUGGACGAUGCCCAAAAGAAAUUGACGAAUUUGGUAAACAGCACAGAAGGAAAAGUAGACAAAGUCCUCAUGAGAAACCUUUUUAUUGGUCAUUUCCAUACCCCAAAGAGUAAACGUCACGAAGUGUUACAGUUAAUGGGAAGCAUCCUGGAUAUUCAAAAGGAGGAAAUGGAGCAGUUGUUGAAUGAAGAUUACGGUGGUGUUACAAAGUGGAUGACUAGUUGGCUUGGAGGAGGAUCAAAAAGUGUCCCCAACACACCUCUGAGACCAAAUCAACAAUCUGUGCUUAAUAGUUCUUUUUCAGAACUUUUUGUUAAAUUUCUGGAAACGGAAUCUCAUCCGUCUGUUCCACCACCAAAACUUUCUGCUCAUGCCAUGAAAUGUCUAGACUCACCAGAAAGGAGAGAGCAAGGUGCAAAUGUACCAGGAAGUUUUAAAGAUGCAGCAGAAUUCAGAGCUGGUAGAAGAACUGACAUGAGUCCAUUCUUGGCUCCACGUUCAGCAGCUGUGCCACUUGUUAACCUAGCUGGAGUUGGACCUGGUGGACCUGGGCAUCUGCUUUUGAAACCUAUCGCAGAUUUCAUGCCCACCUUUACACCAUUGCCAGUGUCCCCGGACAAUAGCGCCAGAGUUGUACUACAGGACCUUCUAAAGCAAUAGCUUUUUUUUCUUUAUUUGAUUUUCAAGCUCUUGUUAGGAUCGGGACAUGUGGUUUAUCUUUUUUAAACCUCAAACGAUUUACACAAAAGAAAAGAAAGUGGCUUCUUUACAUAGUGCAGAAAAUGGACCCUUUAGAAGAACUUGUAUAAAAAGGCUGAGAAGAAGAUUUUCUCUGAAGAGGUCGCACCAGUCCCCUACAUCUCUGGGUAUGUGGUUCAUGCAUAUAGGUUGAUGUGACGACCACCACCACCACAGCCAUGAGACACACUUGCAUCCCCAGGGUCAGUGAAAUUACUUCCUUGCACCAGCACCAGCUGUUUAGAACUGAAGAAUGAAUCUUUAAUUUUUAUAAGCCCAUUAUAGAAAAUCCUGACUUGAAGCUUAAUUGUAUGAGGAUGUUCGUAUUUAUACUUUGAAGUUGUACAUUGAAGAGCUUUUUCUUGCAGAUUUUGUAAAUGUAGCAAUGCCUUAGAAAUAGAAACAUUUGUACAGCAAGAAAAGGUGAAAAUAAGACUAGUUAAAUAUGUAAAGAGGUCUGGCUCCAACUAGAGCGAAAUUUGAUUGUCAAUUCUGCUGUGAUUAACUGUAUAUUGGGAGACUGGAAAUUUUGAUUAUAUGUUGAUGGUUAAAACUUGUUUUUCUAAAAAAAAAAUAACAGGUGACACUGCUUCACACAGUGUCACUUCUCUUCUUAACCAACUUAUUUAUAUUGCCAUUCUUCCAUACAUUGUAAAGGAGGUUCCCGUAGCAGUACGUAUGAGAAAUGUUCAACUGCCUACGGAGCUCUGCCCAGUUGGCAUCAUAGAUGCUCCUCUACUAAACCCCACAAUAAAUUAAAAACAUUGUAAAUUGAAAAUGCACGUACCACACCUUGUGCCCACCAGCACCAUGCUCUGCAGUGUGCUGCUUGCCCUGAUGAUUCUUUGGCUGACCGGAGCUGCUGCUCCCUGCUGCUGCCCCAUCAAGAGGGUGUUGUCCUACAUGUUGUUAACCAGGACAAGUGGAAUUCCAAAUUUAAAGUACGAGUUCUGCUGAAUAUGCACUACUUUUGAACUACCAUAAAGUUGAAAAAUCUUUUUUUUUUUAAAUAAAAGCAUUUUUAAUUAUAAUUAAAGCAUUUAUAUUGUUCUGAGGCUUAUUUAGCCAUCUUCCUAUAAGGUUGAAAGAGUUAUCCCAAAAUUACUUUCACAUUACAUAAGAAAUUUAGUACACCAGUGAAAUCUUACUGAAUUUUAGACAAAAAUUACCUAAUAUGGUACAACAUUAGGUCAACUUUUCAUGGGAACAGGUAUCCAAUUAAAGAUUUGGAAAGAAAUUCAAGAGAAAAAUUAAGACUUCCAUAUCAUAAAUUUUUGCUUCACUUAUUUCAAUAUAUGCAGAAUACACUGAAUUUGUUUUGAGUAAAUUCUAGUAACAACUAAUCAAUGGUAGUGAAUAACAAUUGACAUUUAAAAGUCAUAGCUAAAAUAUAUAUUAUUUUAAAGUGUAUAACUCAGAAUAACUUAAAAAGUGAUGCCUUGAUGAAAUACUGUAAAAAGAUUGCCUUUGCAAAGUUUGAGAACUGGAUUCAUAUAAAGCAGUUCCCCCAAAAUGCCCAAAUCUAGAAUUAUAAAAUAAAUUGGAGUUGCCAAAGUCACUUGUUGUAUUGGCUUAGUGUGUAUUGGCUAAAUAUUCUUAAUUCUAUCCUUUAAUUCUUAUGUGAAAGUUUUAUCCUGUUCAUCAAAUAUUAUCUUUGUAAUAAAGUAAUUAUUUUAAUAUCA